AAGAAGGCAGCUUGGCUCUCUCUCUCUUUAAAAAAAAAAAAAAACUCUCCUCUCUCUCUAAAUCUCUCUUUCUCCCAUCUCUCUCUUCUCUCUCUAGCUCUAUGCCAUGUUCAUUGCCGCAAUGGUGGACUAGGUGGAGAUUCCGUUGAAGUCCACUCUGUCGUUCUCUCGCUAGAGAGAUAAGAAGGAUCGGAGAAGGAAGUGAUUGGCAUUUGGGUUGGAGGAUUUCUUAGUGGGCGGAGGAUGGCGUUCCGCUCCUUUUUUUGCUGCGGAAAGGCUUCGAACGGAAAGGAGAAGGGAAAGAAGAGUGCACCAACGUGGAGGGUUUUUUCUCUCAAGGAACUGCAGUCAGCGACAAACAACUUCAAUUACGACAACAAGCUGGGGGAAGGGGGUUUCGGCAGCGUCUACUGGGGCCAGCUCUGGGAUGGAUCUCAGAUUGCUGUUAAAAGGUUAAAAGUUUGGAGCAACAGAGCUGAAAUGGAAUUUGCUGUUGAGGUUGAGAUAUUGGCAAGAGUUAGGCAUAAAAAUUUGCUGAGUUUACGUGGAUACUGUGCUGAAGGACAGGAACGUCUCAUAGUCUAUGACUAUAUGCCCAAUUUGAGUUUGCUCUCACAUCUUCAUGGGCAACAUUCAGCAGAAUGCCUUCUUGAUUGGGGUAGGCGACUGAGGAUUGCCGUAGAAUCAGCUGAGGGGAUUGCCUAUCUUCACCACCAUGCAACACCACAUAUCAUCCACAGAGAUAUCAAAGCAAGUAAUGUCCUAUUAGAUUCAGAUUUCCAGGCACGGGUUGCUGAUUUUGGAUUCGCAAAGCUUAUUCCAGAUGGUGCGACUCAUGUUACCACAAGGGUGAAGGGCACUCUUGGCUAUCUUGCACCUGAAUAUGCGAUGCUAGGGAAGGCCUCGGAGAGCUGUGAUGUUUACAGCUUUGGAAUAUUUCUAUUAGAGCUUGUCAGCGGAAAGAAGCCCAUAGAGAAGUUGAGCGCUAUGAUGAAGCGAACCAUUGCAGAUUGGGCACUUCUACUGGCUCGAGAGGGGAAAUUCAAAGAAGUGGCAGAUCCGAAGCUCAAUGGGAACUUUGUUGAGGCAGAGUUAAAGAGGGUGGUGCUUGUUGCACUUGUUUGUGCUCAAAAUUUGCCUGACAAGAGACCAACAAUGCUUGAGGCAGUGGAGUUUCUCAAAGGAGAGUCCAAGGAGAAGCUAGUGACUCUGGAAAAUGCUGAAUUAUUCAAGGCAGAUCUCGCUGGGAAUUAUCAAGGAUUGUCUGGUCCAGAAGACAGUUCUGAUUGCAUUUCUGAGGAGAAGGAUUCAAAAAGCUGAUAUGAUAUAGGAAGCAGAUUCUAUAACUGAAAAAAUGGUUUGUGAUAGGUUUUCCUUUUUAUGGCUUCUGUCAAUCAUCAAAGUCCAGCUUGAAAUAGUGAUGUUGGAUAAGGUUUUCUUUUUUAUGGUGGCUUUUGGUCGUUUUGGUUGAAAGUUACCACAAAAAUGUGAUAUUAUUGUGGGAUUUGGUUUAUAAAUACAUUUUGUUGGCACAGUAUGGAGGUGAAUGGGUUGUGCUUGGGUUUGCUCAUGUAAUUUUCUAUUUAACAAUAUUGAAAGAUGCAUAGGUGAGUGGAUAUGUGGUUGUGUCCUACACCUGAAUUCUCUU